AUGGCUCGUUCCAGAGGUUCAGCUAGAUCUAGCGCAAGAGCUCCAGCUCAAAGACGUUCGGCCUCCACAAUGGCUGCUCAACCACCAGCUCAGUCACAUGUUCCACAACAAUCUGCCUACUCAAACCCACCUGCUGUCGCUCAACCUAGACAACCGGGCUUGUUCUCUCAAAUGGCCUCGACCGCCGCAGGUGUAGCUGUUGGGAGUGCAGUUGGACACACAAUUGGUGCUGGCUUGACUGGAAUGUUUUCGGGCUCCGGUUCAUCUGAGGCUCCGGCUCAGCAACAACAACAGGCUUCCGACCUUGCCCCAAUGCAACAGCAGACUUAUGCUCAAGAGCAGGCUAGACACUGUGAUGUCGACGCUAGAAACUUCACUCGUUGUCUAGAAGAAAGCAACGGCAACAUGCAAGCUUGUGACUUUUACUUGCAGCAGUUGAAAGCCUGUCAAGAAGCCGCUCGCCAGUAUUAG